AUGGAUAUCACGCCCGGAUUGAGCAAAUUUCGCAUUAGUUCCGCACCCAAGAGACAGUCCCAACAGCGAGGCUUGUCUCGAAAGUCUCAUACCAAGUCCCGUGGAGGCUGCCAAGCGUGCAAGAGCAGCAGAGUCAAAUGCGACGAGAAUCGCCCCAGCUGCCGCAAAUGCUUCCAGCGCCGGACGCCGUGCGUGUAU